GAAUAGCGCAGCCCGUGGGCGUGGCCUCUGCUAGUUCGGUUGCGUCGGACGUCGCUCAUCAACUUUUUGCUACAAGACGAGCCUUUUCGAAAGCUAGUUAGCGGCUACAAAACAGAUUUUUUUUAAAGUUCGUCCGUGCCAGUGCGUGGUGCACGUGCGCGGUUUUGGAAAAUCCGGUGCCGGAUCCGCCGCCGUCAGCGGGUGUAGUAAAUUCCAGAAGUGACGAGGAGACUCCAUUUUCGUAUGCGGCGGAGAGCUAGCAGGUUGCUAAGCUAACUCUCUCCGAGCCGGAGCAGGCGAGCCCAGGAGCCGCGGACGGUCUCCCCGACGAUCCCCGCGCUGCCUCCAUCACGCUCCCAGCAUGCUGAUGGUGGGAGGCAAUGGACGGAUGCACUAGAAUGAGUGUGAAGGAGCUGUGCGAGAUCGAUGACCUGGCCACCGGCUUGGUGCUGGACCCUCUGCUGGGCUUCAGCACCCACAAAAUGAACAUCAGUCCCCCUCCAGAGAUCCGGCGCUGGGGGAACCUGAAGGAGACCCUGCUGCGCUUCCAGCGCACGCACGACUUCAACGCCACGUUCGAGGCGCUGACGGUGGGCGAGCUGGCCGGGGACUACUUCAACGGCCUGGGGAGCCACCGGCAGGAGCUGCUGAGACAACAUGUGUACCGCUACCUCAGUGCCUUCCUGUUGGACAGCGGCGUGAAGAUCGAGUCCUGCGACCGGUACUCCUCCGAGACCAACGGCGCCAAGAUCACCUCGACGAGGCACUGGUUCGCCGGCGAGCGCGUGGAGGUGCUGCUGGGCUGCAUCGCCGAGCUGAGCCCCGCCGACAGCGCCGUGCUCAGGGCCGGCGUGAACGACUUCAGCGUCAUGUACUCCACCCGCAAGCGCUGCGCGCAGCUGUGGCUCGGCCCCGCCGCCUUCAUCAACCACGACUGCAAACCCAACUGCAAGUUCAUCCCUGGUGAGAAGAACAACGCCUGUGUGGAGGCGAUCCGGCCCAUCGCACCGGGGGAGGAGAUCACCUGUUACUAUGGAGCCAGCUUUUUUGGGGAAGGCAACGAAAUGUGUGAAUGCUGCACCUGCGAGAGGAACGGGGAGGGUCACUUCAAACACCGGGGGAAGCAGCCCGAGUGCGAGGAGGCCAAGGACCCGGCGGGCCAGAAGUACCGGCUGAGAGAGCGAUACCUGCGCCACCACCGGGAGAAAGGCCACUUCCCUCCGAGGCCCGUCGCACCCGGGAUUCACGCGGGUAUUUUCAAAGCCAUCCCAUCGAGGAACUCCUUCACCCAGCAGAUGAGGAGGAACGCCUUGAAGAACAGAAAACUCACUCAGACCAAGAAGUGGAGGCGAGACAAGCAGAGACGGUCGGGACAGCACCCGGCCAAAACCGGCCGGACGCUUCCUCUCUUGUCCCAGGUCACUCUGAAGAACCUCUGGGUCCGAGUGCGGCGCCACUCGCUGGACUUCUUGCUCAGCUGUAAGGAUCCCAGGAGUAAAGAACGGGCCUUGCUGCAGGCGCUGGAGGAGCUGAAGCCAAGAGACGGCAAGAUGAAAGAGCCGGCGCAAAAUUCCUCUGAGGCGACUCGUCAGAAGAGCAAACCUGCCGCCGGAAACGCGGGUCCGAGCGACAAACCCGUCGGCGUGAGGACGUCGUCACGAACGAACAGCGCCGUUCGCGGUAUGGUCACACGCCAGGCGGAGUCCGGCAGCAACACUACACCGGUCUCUCUCCCCGCCGAGGUCGACCGAGCCUGCAGUGCAAUAAAACAGGAAGUGGUGGAAAAGGCAAUCACGGAGCAUCAGUUCCCCACACGAGGCGGCGUCGCGUCCGGCGCCGUCGCCGCCGCUCCGAACGCCGUCGAGCACACCGAGCGCAAGACUAUCACAGCCCCAGCCCCGUCAUGCCCGAGCGUCGCAGGGGGGUCGAAGGAGGCCCGGGACAAUCCGCUCCGAUGUCUGAAGCAAUACCUGACGGUCAAUCUGACGAGGUUAUCGGUGCCUCAGAGUUUAGAGGACCAGGCGGGACGAGCGCCGGCGAGAGGAAGCAGAAAGCAGAGCGCCUGCACCGCAGCAGCAGCAGCAGCAGCAGAAGAGAGACGAGCGUGCCGAUCCCAGCAGAGGCAGGGAGGCGGCUCAGACGCAUGCACAGCCGAGGGGAACAGAGGGGUCAGGGAAAUGUUUUUCAAGGCUGCUGAUAAGGUGAACCUGAGGACGCGGCACUCGAGCGAACCGGCGGCCGAUUCAUCACACGGCGACGAGAGCGACGACAAGGUUAUCGAAAUCCAGACGGCGUCGGAGGAAGAGAAGGACAUUUCAAAAGAGAGACUCGAAGGGCAGAGAGGGAAGACGCAUUCUGCACCGAGAGCUGGAGAAUGUAAAAUUAGCAAAGACCAGAAAGAAGCUGAAUGUCAGAUGGAGUCCGGUGAAGUAGCAGGGCAGCAGAAUAACAGCCGCUGUGUUCGGAGUGCAGUCAGGAAUGCGAGCAAGCAGAAAGAGAUUUCUAAAGCACCGGAAAAAAAUCACUGAGACUCUAAGUAAACGGCCAGCAAGUAGACAAGAAGAAGAUAUUGUCAUAAAGCAGGCGAAGGUUCUGCUGUCAGAUGUUUAAGAAGAGAUAAGACUCUAGUAGAUAAAAGAUCGCAGGGAGAUAUUGACGAAGGUCGCUUUUUUCCCUCCGCUUUCAAAGAUAUGCAAAGUACGGAAGAAGAAGAAAAUGGAGGCAGGUACUGUCACUCAAUGCAGAGGAGGAUAGUCAGACGCAAGCUGAGGCCCAGAGCAGCCAAAACGAAAGCAGAAGACAAGCAGAGCACUAAGGGGAGCCUCGGCAAAGAGGCUCCAGUCACAGUGAAGACUGAGUUCAGCGAGGAAAGCUUGCAGCGGCUCUCGCCACUGAGGCACACUGAUCCGCCGGCCACCUGUAUCAACCCACUACCUCACAAGGCCGUCAUUUCAACUAAAGCUACAGCUAACCUGCGUUCAAACACCAGUCCUCAAGCGCACACACAGUCCAACAUACCUCUCAAGAAACGUACAUUUCGCAGCUCUGUGGAAAUCGACUCGGAACAAAGAGUGAAUUCUGCCUCAGAUCAGGUUCCUCAGAAAGCUAGCGAGCUGAACUUUCCCUCAGCGCUGAGGCACGACCUGAGCCAGUGUUCAGGAGAGAGCAGCAAAGGGAGGAGGGACGGGAAGGUCAGGCCGAGGAGGACCGAGCUCCAGAGUUUAGGCCCCAAACGGUUCACCAAGCAGGCGUCUGCCAGCAGAGUGCUUCGCUCUCGAGCUAACGAAGCGCAGCGCAGCCAUUUAUGGCGGAAGGUCCGGCAGUGUAAACAAGAGAGGCUGGACGAGGACGACGUCGGCAACGCUCAGGCGCUCGAUAGCGACGAGCACGCAGAGGGAAGUCAGCUUGACGACACUAAAAACCUCAAUUGCCAAAAAAACGAUCACAUGGACACAAUCGACGAGCAAAACGAUUCAGAGGACACGAAGGCGGGCCUAAAUUUUAAGUUUCGACUCAAGAGGCGAAGAGGGCGAGUAUGGGAGAUGCAAAAUGCGGGCCUUGAAAAUAUAGCACUAAAACCAGAGAAGGGAGAGGAGCUAUUGGCGUGCGACCCUUUCAAAGCCAUCAUGGAUUCUGUGUCCAUUUUAAACAUGGAGAUGGAGGCAGCACAAGCGCACGUUCAGGCCAGCAAGAAGUCAAAGAACAAGUCGCAUCGCUCAAAAAAAAAAAAGCGAAAAAUUCUCUGAAAAGCAAGCCAUAAAUUCAUGCACAGGUCCGAAGCCAGAGAAAGACCUUGAGAAUAUAUGCGGGCCCACUGUUCUUCCCGAUGAUAAAGUAGAAGUUAAAGAGAAAGUUGAGCGCGGGUUUGGAUCCAUGCAGCACCUAGAAAAAAAUGAGGGCCAGAAAAGUGAGGUCUUGCCUCUGGCAGCACACGAAACAAAAAUCGAAGAUCGUUUUUUAAGGAACUGCUGUCUGUUUGAAAGCGGCGUGCAGCAGAAGGAGGAUCCAGGCUCAGAGGCCAGCGCUCAUUCAUUACCGGUAAUUAAACUUCGGAGGAAGACGGAGGACAUUUGGGAGGUGGACAGCAAAGAGGAGCAAGCAGAACUGAAAGUAGAGCCCAAAGUAGAAAGAGAAGUGAAGGCUCAGAUUUUAGGGAGACAAAGAGGAUGUCUUGAUUUUAGCAAGCCCAAAGAUGAAUGCUUCACUUCUCAGAGAGCGAGCGGCAACGCUGCCUUCCUCAAAGUGGAGCCGCCCCCAUUUUCUUUGUCAUUGUCCCCAUUGUCGCUGUCCUCGCCGCUGAACGACGGUAAAGCUGAAGUUAUAUCCUCGGCUGCGGAGAGAGCGGCCGAGAGGCCAGAGACGAACAGCGGAGGAAGGAAACAGAGGCACAAAAUGGACCGGGCGCGCAAGUGUGGGCCCGUAGAAACGCCCACCACCUGUCUUAGUCACACUCUCCAACAAAUUGACAAUAGUCUCUCCAGGCUCUCGGAGGGCUUGUGUUCGUCUCAGACGUUAGAGAAACCGGCAGCUUGUACCAGUGCUUCUAAUUCCGUCAUCCAGCCUCCGUCCCAGUCGCCACCAUUCACAACUGCGGAUAACAUGCUUUCCGGGGAGCCCAGCUUCACAAAUUGCUGCGAUGACAUUUUGGAUUUUCAGUGUCUGAACUUUGAAGGAUAUUAUCAACCACAGAACAUGCUUCCAUCGUCCCCGUCGGAUCUGUGUUCACUCGAUCCGCCCACAGAUCCUUUCAGCAGCCCCCUCUCUCACAGCCCCGCCGACACAUGGACUACUGAGACUCCAUACCUUGGCCCGCCUAGUCCAGGUAAUAACUUUACCAGUGAGGAUCUGCAGUUUUUCCCAGGUCUAAUUUCUUCCAAGAGUGAUGGAGUUCCUCUGGAAUGUGAAGCAAAGGAUGCCUCCAAGGACAGAAAUGCAUCAAACCCUGGUUUCGGUUUUUCUGCCCAGGGCAACAUCGACUUGACAGCUAAGGAUAGGAGUAAAAAUCCAGGGAUGAGGAUGUGCAAAGAAGAUCCAAAAACUCAAUCUUCCUCCAUAGCAAGCAGACCUCGUGUUUGUGGCCCAGCAUCGACCUCUGUGCUUUCUCAGAAUCCGCUCGCUUUAGCCCAACCUUCCAUGAGCAUUAAACCAAACACCAGCCAGUCAAAGCCCCAGUCUAACCUGAAGAUGCAGGGGCCCUUCCAUCGUAUGACCAUUCCAGGAAAAUCGCAGUCAUUUCCAAGUACUCAACCAAACACCGUAAAGGGAGUGCCACAGAGUUGCCUGACAAAAUCCGUCCCUCCACCUCAGAUGUCCAACAAGUUCCUCUCCCCUCAUCUCUUCACUGCGAGAAAUCCCAAUCCUCCCGACAAUCCAUUCAACUUCCACGAGAAACCCUCCACGGUUAUUCACAGGGUGCUCAAGUAUCAGGGAGGGAACCAGAGCCAAAACCUGUACAGUGCACCUUGUAAAGAGAGCAUGGCUGCUGGCAGCCCGAUCGUUGCAUCCAGGACCCUCGGUGCAAAAACGGACCAUUCCGAGAAAACCCAGUCCACUCUCAAGUUUGUUCCAGCAGAGAUUCAUCACAAAGGCCACAUCUCUGGGUUUGGCAAGGACCUUGGUCAUCUGUGUUCCCCCAGCAACCCCAGCAGGGCCAACCAACACUUCAGCAAAACCAACGCUUCUGUUCCUCAGUCUUUUCAUAAAAACAAGAUGUCAACGGACAAACUUGAAAGUGUCGAGACCAACAUGAUAUACAAGAACUUCUCAGCGCUGCCAAGGCCCUUCUUCUUCCCUAGCAAAAUGUCAGACGGUUAUCCCUCCCCACCAGACAAGAGCUUGAAACCGGAUAAACCCACCACGUCGACCUCAGACAAACACCAGCCGUGUUACACUCAGCAGGACACUUUUGAUUUCAGCUUCGCUUCUUCACUCUCGCCCAUGUCUCAACACAACAGUCCCCAGGUCAUCCACAGCACGCCUCCUGGCACACCAGCAACCAAGAACCAGUCGGCCGCCGCGGCCUCCAUCCCGUACGGCUACCCCCCGUACGUGCUGAACUUCAGCGGCGACCACUCGCUGACCCUGGGUCUCAGGGACGGCGCUGACGGCCCGGGGCUGGCCUCGACAAACUACACCUAUCACUGCCUGAUGGAGCCGUCGGGCACGCAGGGGCGCCUGGUUCUGGAGCCCUGCGGACCCCAGCUGUCCAACCCCGCCGCCGCUUUUUCCCUGAGCGGGUUUUCGGGCCUCAAAGGUCCGGACGAGCACUGCAGGAAAGACAUGCAGCAGCAGUGCCAGCCCGGCGAACACCAAGGCACAUCACACUAUGGACCUGUCCCGCCGUCCCACUCCAUGGGCGCCAACAAACCCAAGAGAGUGAGGCUGGUGGUGACAGACGGCACAGUAGACUUAGAUCUCCAGUACUCGGAUUGACUCAGACUCGCAGGAGUUGCCGGAUCUUGAAAUAACUUUGGAUGUUGUUUUUGCGUGUGGGCGUUUCUAUAGUAUCUGCCACAAAGUAUGUUUUUGUAAACAUUGUAAUUCGUAGUUCUACAAGUUAUUUGAGCCCGUCGACUGAUACUUUUCUAAAUCCUCAUUUUAACGGACUGUUAGUGUACGAAUGAAUUGUACAGGGUUGAACCAGGCUUAUUGGAGUGUUUUAAUUACUGUAUGAAUUUUUAAAAGAAUUAACUAUCCACUACAGUUUGCUUUAAAAAAAAAAAA